AUGGAAAGAGAAAAGGAAAAACAAAUAAGAAAGACUGCGAAAGAAGAACAGGAUAGAAGAAAAAUUGUUAAAAUAGGGUACAACAAAGUUACAAUAGAUGGAAUUAUACCACUUGAGAAUUGGACCUCGAUAAAUCAAAAAACUAGAACGGAUAAGGCUAUGAACAUGAAUAAUGAGAAAAUAGUUAUAGAUGAUGUAUUAUAUAGACAAAAUUAUACUAAAACUAUAAAAACAAAUUCCGAAAAAAUGAGAGGAGCAAACAAAGCUUUCAAAGAAAAUGAAGGAAAUAAUCAAAACCAUGAUCAAAUAUACUUAGCAACUUGGAAUGUCAGGAGCACAUAUGCAGAAGGAACGUUGAUUAGAUUAACACAAAUUAUAGACAAUUACCUAAUAGAUCUAAUAGCGGUACAAGAAACAAAACAAUCAGAAAACUUUAUUAAAGAAGUAGGUGAAUAUAUAUUUUUCAACAACGCAACAGAUGAUAGGAUGUUUGGAACAGGAUAUUUAGUAUAA